ACUUCACUUUUACUAACUUGACAGUUUUUGCAUAUCGUUGUUGAAGGCGAAACUUUAAACAUUGAACACGUGAGCUGUUAUUGACUGAUCAAUACAAACACUGUAUAAAAAGUCAUAGAUCCGGUUUAACAUCACACAGUUAUCUAUUCACAGUCAUGGAAGACAUCAGAUUGAGAAGCCCAGCAUCGGUCAAAAAUUUUCAUCAAUUUUCGGCCGUCAAAUGUGUACUCAAGAAGAAAGUUAAUUUUAGUGAUUUUAAGGGAAAAGCUAUACUUGUGGUAAAUGUAGCCUCUCUCUGAGGAACAACUGUAAGGGAUUUUAACCAGAUGAACGAGUUGGUCGACAAAUUUAGAGAUAAACUUGUUAUCCUGGGAUUUCCUUGUAAUCAGUUCGGACAUCAGGAGAAUGGAAACGGUGAAGAAAUCCUGAAUGCCCUUGAGCAUGUUCGUCCAGGGAAAGGAUUUAAGCCUAAAUUCCCGUUGUUUGAGAAGUGUGAUGUAAAUGGUAAAGAUGCCCAUCCAAUAUUUGUAUAUCUUCGUGAACGCCUGCCACUGCCAAGCGACGACGCUGUUAGCUUCAUGAAAUCGCCAUUAUCUAUUAUAUGGGAGCCAGUGACAAGAACUGAUAUCGCAUGGAACUUUGAAAAAUUCUUAAUAGACCCUGAUGGAAAACCAUUCAAACGUUAUAGUAGAUAUUUUCAGACGAUUAAUAUUCAAAGUGAUAUAAAAAUGUUAAUAGAAAAACACAAAGUUUAACCAAAAAAUCAUUAGAUUUGACAUUUGAAUGUUUAGUCGACAUGGUUUUAUCUCCUUGUAAGAAAGGAAUUUGUAGUUAUGAUCGUUACACUUACAAAGUUCUGUGUAGAACAUGGUGUGACAGGAUGUGUUUUUACAAACCUUUUUUACAAAGGGACAAUAUAUGUUGUCUAAAAUAAAAUGUAUACAAUAUAUGCAAUGCCCUC